AUGUCCAAUGGGACUUUAUAUUCAAAUGAAGAUGCCAGCUACACAACGCGCAACGGUCUAAACUUUUCACUUUAUCAAGACCUGAACCAAAUAAAUGUUAGCGACAUAGGCAACGGUGGAGCAGAUAGCAUUGAAGAAUGCCUCGAGAAAUGCUCCUUGCUCUAUCUUAACACUUGUGGAGCCGCAGCCUUUGACGCCUCUGCAAAGAAAUGUUUCUAUAAGGACACCAAUGUCACCGUCGCCGGCGCAAUCUCUCACGGGAGUUGGACUCUCGGGGUUGCUAACCGGACACAACUUCAACAACUCCCUCCAACUUGCAACAACAGUGGAAAAACGCAAACGACACGAAACGGCUUGAACUUUUCGGUAUAUUGCUACCAGGAUAUGGCCGGCUUUGAUUUAUGUCCUGAUGAUGCACCUCAAUGUCGAGCACAGUCUAGAGGAAUGCCUCGAGUUUUGCUCAACGAGGCAUCCGCUCUGCACAGGCGUGGCAUGGGACUUCUUAGUCGAAAUUGGAUAUCAAAACUGUUAUCCCAAGAGUACUACUGUUCAAAAUUUCGACAAAGUACGCAAGUACAAUUCUCACCUACAUUGUGCAAAAGUGCUCCUGCAAGCUGCUCCAAGCGAUUGUCUUUCCAGAUCAAAUACCAAUAUUCUUGCAAACAAUAAUAUCUUCACGCUGGCCUGUGAUGAAGACCGCUCAGGAAAUAAUAUAACAGUGUUGCAUGCCGAGUCGAUAGAAUCAUGUGCUGAUUCGUGUGGAAGGAUCUCGGGAGAGAACCCCAAAUGCUUAGGAGCCGUUUUCGAUACGAAAAUGCAAGGUGGGCAUGAGAAUUGUUAUCUCAAGUCUGCCAUUGGAGGGCGUCUGCCCGAUCAAGGGGGCUUUAUUUUUGCUUCGCGACAAGAUUCUGUUCCCUCCAACAUUUCCAACGCCACUAACAACACAACUUCGAACACUUCUUCUCCCACCACCAAUGUUUUGAGUGGCACCAGUACCUCAACCGCAGACCCUAAUUCUGUUUUGGGCAAGAAUACAUCAAGCACAACAACAGUUAUCGCCCCCAUCGUUGGUGCAGUCUUCGGGGUUGCGAUCACCCUCGCAUUAGUUUGUUGGUGGUGGAGGCUGAGAAGGAGACGACAAGAACAUGAAGAUAUCAGCAUCACCAAAAACGUGUCAGGGGAUCUAAUUUCUCAGCAGGAGCAAAAGAGACUUGCUUCAAGGUUGCAAAGAGAGGCUUUUAGUAAACCGGAACUUAGUGUAGAGGGGCAAAAGUACGAGUUGGAUAAUGCGCCAAUGCAGUUUGAAUUAAACGGGGAGUCAAGACAGCAUGAGCUGCAUGAGAAUCCUAGAGAAUGA